CACAGUGGUACAGGCAGCACACCUUAAGGUACACACAUUCAUACAACUGCAGGGAUAAAGAAGAACAAACAAGACAAGAUGUCUAAGAAAGAAUUAAAGAAGAAAAAAGUAAAAGAAAUCCGUGUUGGGUUCUUUCAGUUGUUCCGCUUUGCAUCUGGAACUGACAUAAUCAUGAUGAUCAUUGGAGGCUUGUGUGCCCUAAUCCAUGGUGCUGCCCAGCCAAUGAUGCUUUUGAUCUACGGCAUAAUGACUGAUACCUUUAUCACAUAUGACAGAGAGAUGCAAGAACUACAGGAUAUAAAUAAGGAAUGCAUCAAUAAUACAAUUUGGUGGAAGAAUGGAACUGAGUACCUUGUAGAUAACAGCACCGUAGUCUGUGGAACUAAAAUUGAAGAAAGGAUGACGGAAUUUGCCUACUACUACAUCGCUAUUGGUGUUAUUGUUCUGGUGCUGAGUUACUUUCAGAUUUCCUUAUGGGUCACGGUGGCAGCUCGUCAAAUACAAAUUGUUCGUAAGGAAUAUUUCAAGAAGAUAAUGAGACUCGAUAUUGGUUGGUUUGACAGCAAUUCAGUUGGAGAACUGAAUACAAGAAUUUCCGAUGACAUCAACAAAAUCAACAAUGCCAUCGCUGAUCAAGUUGCCAUCUUCAUUGAGAGGAUUUCUACAUUUAUCUUUGGCUUCCUAAUCGGCUUUGUUGGAAACUGGAAAUUAACCCUUGUUAUUGUGGCAGUCAGUCCACUAAUUGGCUUAGGAGCGGGACUGAUGGCAGUGGCUGUUGCCAGGUUAACAGGCCGGGAGCUAAAAGCAUAUGCCAAGGCAGGCUCAGUAGCUGAUGAAGUUCUCUCUGCUAUUCGUACUGUGGCUGCAUUUGGUGGAGAGAAAAAGGAGGCCGAGAGGUAUGACAAUAACUUGGAGGAGGCACAAACUUGGGGCAUUCGCAAAGGGACUAUUAUUGGCUUUUUCCAAGGUUAUAUGUGGUGCAUUAUAUUCUUAUGUUAUUCACUAGCAUUUUGGUAUGGAUCCCAGCUGGUAAUUGACUCAAAAGAGUUAUCACCAGGAAGUCUUCUUCAGGUCUUCUUUGGAGUCUUAGUUGCUGCAAUGAAUCUAGGCCAGGCAUCUCCUUGUUUAGAAGCAUUUGCAUCUGGCCGAGCAGCCGCCACCAUCAUAUAUGAAACCAUAGACUUGAAUCCAGUAAUUGAUUGUAUGUCUGAAGAAGGCCAUAAAUUGGACCAGGUGAAGGGAGACAUUGAGUUCCAUAACGUCAAUUUCUGCUUUCCAUCCAGACCUGAUAUAAAGACUUUAAGUGAUCUCAAUAUCUCAGUUAAACCUGGAGAAACCACGGCUUUUGUUGGACCCAGUGGUUCAGGGAAAAGUUCUGCAGUUCAGCUCAUCCAGAGAUUCUAUGACCCCACAGAUGGAAAGGUAACGUUAGAUGGACAUGACCUCCGUACACUAAACGCUAAGUGGCUGCGCUCUUUGAUUGGUGUUGUGGAACAAGAACCAGUGUUGUUUGCCACGACCAUUGCCGAGAACAUUUCCUAUGGACGAGACGGGGUCACUAUGGACGAUAUUGAAAAGGCAGCAAAAGACGCUAAUGCCUACAAUUUCAUAAUGGAUUUACCUCAGAAAUUUGAGACUCUUGUUGGAGAGGGAGGAGGCCAGAUGAGUGGUGGGCAGAAGCAAAGAAUUGCCAUUGCUCGAGCCCUCAUCAGAAACCCCAAAAUCCUCCUUUUGGAUAUGGCCACAUCUGCACUGGACAAUGAGAGUGAAGCUAUAGUGCAAGAGGCUCUGAAUAAGGUACAGAGUGGGAGAACAACCAUUUCCAUUGCCCAUCGUCUCUCUACUGUCCGGAGUGCAGAUAUCAUUGUGGGAUUUGAUGGUGGAAGAGCUGUAGAAAAAGGAACCCAUGAAGAACUUAUGAAAUUAAAAGGGGUUUACUUUACACUGGUCACCCUACAGAAUCAAAACAACAACUCCGCAGAAAAAACUGUCACUGAAGACAUUGCAGCAGAAAAAGAGAAACCGUUUAUCAGAGGAAGCUAUCGCUCAAGCUUAAGCAACACCUUACGCUUGCGUUCGAAAUCCCAACUUUCAAAUAUAUUCCCUGUCCCCCUUUCUGGCAACGUGGACGGAACAGCCAUGCCGGUGGAAGAUGAAAUUGUGAAACAAGUAGAGACUAAAGAGACAGAGAAGGAGAAGAAAAAGGGCAAGAAGAGUAAAUCUGUUAUAGGGCGGGUUUUAAAAUACAAUGCAGAAGAAUGGCCAUAUCUCCUCGUUGGAUCCAUUGGUGCUGCAAUUAAUGGGGUUGUCACACCCCUUUAUGCUAUUCUGUUCAGUCAGAUAUUAGGGACUUUCUCACUGCCAGAUGUGGAUGAACAAAGAAGACAAAUCAAUGGAAUUUGCAUUUUGUUUGUGAUCAUUGCGGCUGUAUCUUUUGUUACCCAAUUCUUCCAGGGCUAUGCAUUUGCUAAAUCUGGGGAGCGCCUGACACGAAGAUUAAGAAAAUUGGGCUUUCAGGCAAUGCUUGGGCAGGAAAUUGGCUGGUUUGAUGACAAUAACAACAGCCCUGGAGCCUUGACAACACGACUCGCCACAGACGCAUCCCAAGUCCAAGGGGCUACUGGAUCUCAGAUUGGAAUGGUUGUUAAUUCUCUGACAAACAUUGGAGCCUCUCUGAUCAUUUCAUUCUACUUUAGCUGGAAGCUGAGUUUAGUUGUUCUUUGCUUCCUGCCACUACUUGCAUUGUCAGGAGUGUUCCAGGCCAAAAUGCUCACAGGAUUUGCAAAUCAGGACAAAACGGCUCUGGAGAUGGCUGGAAAGGUUUCAAGCGAAGCGAUUGGUAAUAUCCGUACAGUUGCUGGACUGGGCAAAGAAACCAUGUUUGUGGAGGUGUAUGAGAAACAACUGGUUUUGCCCUAUAAAGCAGCCGUUAAGAAAUCCCACGUGUACGGCGCCUGCUUUGGAUUUGCUCAGUGCAUCAUUUUUAUGGCCUAUGCAGCAUCAUUCAGAUUCGGAGGAUUUUUGGUCAAUACUGAUGGAAUUCACUAUUCAGUGGUCUUCAGGGUAAUAUCAGCCAUAGUCACCAGUGGAACAGCUCUUGGCAGGGCCUCAUCCUUCACUCCUGAUUACGCUAAAGCUAAAAUUGCAGCAGGACAGUUCUUCAAGUUAUUAGACCGCAUACCAAAGACAAGUGUGUACAGCAGCAACGGAGAAAAAUGGGGUGAAUUUAAAGGUGACAUUGAGUUUGUGAACUGCAAAUUUACAUACCCCAGUCGACCAGUUACCAUGGUGCUGAGAGGACUGUCGAUCAGUGUCAGGUCCGGACAGACGCUGGCCUUUGUAGGAAGCAGUGGAUGUGGGAAAAGCACAAGCGUCCAACUGCUAGAAAGAUUCUAUGACCCAGAUGAAGGAAAAGUUCUUGUAGAUGGACAUGCCACUGCCAAUGUGAACAUCUCCUUUUUAAGAAGCAAGAUUGGGAUUGUCUCUCAGGAGCCAGUAUUAUUUGAAGGAAGCAUUGCGGAAAACAUCAAGUAUGGGGAUAACUCACGGGAUAUCUCGAUGGAGGAGGUUAAAGAAGCUGCAAAGAAAGCUCAUUUACAUGAGUUUGUAAUGACCCUGCCAGAUCAAUAUGAAACCAAUGUUGGAAUUCAAGGAUCCCAGCUGUCCCGGGGACAAAAACAGCGCAUUGCUAUAGCCCGUGCAAUUGUCAGAGAUCCAAAGAUAUUACUGCUGGAUGAGGCUACAUCUGCUCUAGAUACAGAGAGUGAAAAGACAGUACAAGUUGCCCUGGAUGAAGCUAGAAAAGGUCGCACCUGCAUCGCAAUUGCCCAUCGUUUGUCCACUAUACAAAGCUGUGAUAUUAUAGCCGUGAUGUCACAAGGUGUCAUUGUCGAAAAGGGCUCCCAUGAAGAACUUAUGGCCUUGAAAGGGGCUUAUUAUAAACUUGUCACCACUGGGGCACCCCUAAGCUAAAAAGUACAAUAUAAUUAUCACUAUACAAUCAGCAAAUGGUGCUUGGACUGACACAGCAGCAGGAAAACAAUUUCUCUAAUACCUUAUGAAAAAGUAAAUCUUGUCUGCCAUUUAAAUGGAACACACUCAAAUCUGUUGUAAUGUAAAUACAGUAUGUCACUUUAAAAAAUAUAAAUUGAAAAAUGUUCAUUUAAAACUCUAUAAUAUAGUUUUAUAUUUUAAAGACUUGGAAGCCAUUGUAUGUAAGUGCUUUUCCCAACACCAUAAAGCUGUUGUACACAUUCCCAUGUACAACAGUCGUUCCAUUGACAACGUUUUAUCUUUCCUUAUCUCCUCGUCUUGAAGACAUAUUCUAAAAUUAUUUCAUGAAUUUCAUUUUCUGCAGGCAGC